CGUGUCCCAAGCUGGCCGCCGUAGACUCAUUACGUGGCAUUAGCAGCUCGUUCCCCGGCUGCCUGGAGAGGUGACGCCUCUUUCAGACUGAGGCCCAGACUUGGUAACAACACUCCCGGCCUGUGCUUGCUCGCUCCCCCUUGCCUCGCCAUGUUCACCAUAUCAGAGCUCGUCGCCCUGGUCGCCUUCUUCUCUGCCACCGCCUCAGGUUACUUCGUCAGCAUCGACGCUCAUGCAGAAGAGUGCUACUUCGAGCAUGUGACGUCCGGCACCAAGAUGGGCCUGAUCUUCGAGGUGGCUGAGGGGGGCUUCCUGGACAUCGAUGUGGAGAUCACUGGCCCUGACAAUAAAAACAUUUAUAAAGGAGACAGGGAAUCAAGCGGGAAGUACACUUUUGCCGCACACAUGGAUGGAACAUACAAAUUUUGCUUCAGCAACAGAAUGUCAACAAUGACUCCGAAGAUAGUGAUGUUCACUAUAGAUAUAGGCGAAGCUCCGAAGGGCCAGGACAUGGAAACUGAAGGUGGUGGAGAUACUUGGGACGCCCAUCAGAACAAGCUUGAAGAGAUGAUCAAUGAACUUGCAGUGGCCAUGACAGCUGUAAAGCAUGAACAAGAAUACAUGGAAGUGCGGGAAAGAAUACACAGAGCAAUUAAUGACAACACGAACAGCAGAGUGGUGCUCUGGUCAUUUUUUGAAGCCCUUGUACUGGUAGCUAUGACACUGGGACAGAUCUAUUACCUGAAGAGAUUUUUUGAAGUCCGGCGAGUGGUUUAAGUGGCUAUUUUGUGGGUUUUUUUUUUUUUUUCCAACUGAUGAUCCCAAACAUUUUAUUUUUGAUCCCAAACUUUGUCCUAACUGAUAGUACCAAACUUUUGUUCUAUUUUGUUUUUCCCUUCCUGUCAUCUUGGUCAGAACAACUUCUUCAGAAUUUAGUUUUGCUAUGUUUGCUAUGGAAAUGCUCAUUGUAGCACAAAUCAGACACCAUGCUGCAUAUGUUACUUUCAGGAAAAGUCCCCAAGAAAUCAAAAGAAAAAUAAAAUUUUUGGAAAUCCCAGAGCACUCUGUUUUGUGGUACCAUCCGGAUUGGAAGUACAUCUAGUUACAUUUAUGUUUCUUUACACUUUACUUUUGCAAUGAUGAUGUCCCGCUUUUAUGAAGACUGCGAACCAAAGUGGUUUGAUAUUAAGAUGGCUGUGAACAAGCCACACACAGGUUUAACCUGCAAUAGUUGUAUCCAGCUAAUCAAAUCCUUUUUGAUCCUUACCAUAAAUUUGCCACCUCUUUUGUGCAUUGCAUAGUCUUGUCUUUUCUAAUAAUUCAUUACCUAAUACGGUCUGCCUAGAGGAAAGUCUUGUGCUUCUGUGAUAAAUGGCCUGUUCAAAAUGUGGUGAAAGACCUUGGUUUCUAGAAAUGGAGGAGAGAGAGGCAACUUUGCUGUGUUUUUUUUUUUUUUUAACUGUUUAAACCUUUGGAUGUCAGAAAAGACAAGGGCAUGUCUAUGGACUUUUCUGAUGAGGAUGUGGUUAAUAUUGUAUUGCUGUGUCAUCUUGCUGCCUUGUGUCCAUUUGCUAUGCAAAUAAGAUUCUAAAGUAGUGCUGAACAUUUGGUGCUUCUCUGCACCAUAAUCGCGCUUCGCCGUCUUCAGUGACCGUGAUGAGAACUGUAUACUGUAUUUAAAAAUUGCCACCAUAGUUUAGGGAGAAGGCAGUUAAAACUUUGCAACUUCUGACUAACAGACUGUCAGGUUUUGAGAGGAGAGGGAGAAGAGCUUCGUACACCUGCAUCGCUGGGACAGGUAAGUGUCCGAUCUAAUAAGUCGGCAGCUACACUUUUUGUAGCUGCUGACUUUUAUAUUGGUGGAACUCCACUUUAAAUAGCCAUACACUGACAUAAAGACAACACGCCUAUUCCUGGGCAGUGACAAUCCAGAUAGGUCCACCUUCUCUACACUAGAGCUAGUAUGCAGCACAAUUUGUGAAAUUCAAGAAGGCAUCACAAAUCGGGAAUCUCUUUAAAGCCACACAUUUCCCAGUGGCAAAUUCAGCGGUUGGUGAUCAUUUAUAGCAUAUUUGGAAACCAAUAAAAGGAAGGUUUUUACAAUUUAAGAUUUGAUAGGUAUGUUGUACCUGUGAAUAGAUGCAGCUUUCUUUGUUCUCUCAUGUUUUAUAUAGGUAUUGAGAAAAAAAAAACGAAAAAAAAAAAACUGAGUAGCCUGCUUACUUGGGAUGGCCAUACAUUGAGGCCAGUAGCUGUAUGAUCCAAAUAGUGGCACAUUCAUGCAAAAUGUUGCCUUUAUAGGACUCCACGUAGAUUGAUUCUAAUUGAACAGAGAUAUGUUGGUGCCAUACAAUGGAGGACAAAAGUAAAUAAAUGGGCCCAAUUAUUCAGUAACUAAUUCCUUUGUGCAUGGCCAGCUUUAUUAUAUUUGGUGUCACUCUAGUCACUAAAUAUUUUAAAAACUUUUUAAAGCAGGAGCAAAAGUGUCAGACUUUGAGGCUUUGAAAAUAAAACAUGUAACUGUUUUAAAGCCAUUCUUCCCAUUUUUUUUUCUUUGGCAAAUAUGCCUGUCUGCAACUGUUUAGUUUUAGAUGAGAAGGUGUUUUUUCUUAAACAAGCUAUUUUUUCAUCUGUUUGUUGUUUUAAUGCAUUUUAAAAUACAUGCUUCUGGUGUUGGUGCAGAUCAGGAUUAAGUAGUGAAUUAUGUAAUUUAUCGGCUUGUAUUAUUUUCUUCUUCUACACACACAAUGGUUUUAUAUAACUGUUUUCUUAAGUAUCUCAAUGUUUAAAGAAUAUUUUCCAUCUUGGGCAAAACCUCUCAUGCAGCAAGUUUGAGAAUAUUUAAAUGGUUCUUUUGUAAGGACUGUUGCUUUCCAACUUGUUUGAAUAUCACUUUAAAAUUAAAAGUCAAAGAUGUACAUUUAAAAGAAAAAGAUGCUUGUCUAAAUAUUACCUGGGUUCGGUGAAAAUAAACAUUCUUUAACAAAA